AUGUCACCUGGCUUGCCUUUCAGCAAGGAGACCUUCAACUCCAGCCAUGAGCUUGACCCCGCAUCGCGUCUCUUACCAGCCUCCUCUCUGACAUCUCAACAUCUUCUCAUUCGCCCAACAGAGGACAUUCAGAGCUUCUUGAAGAAAGAUCUAUGUGUAGACAGGCUUAACCAUAUCCACCAAUACCUAUGGCUGGCUGGCCGACCGAUGCCUCCCAAGCCCCUGAAUUUUCAAAUAGCAACAUCCCGUGAUAUUGUUGCCGACCACAGAAUUGAUAUGCACCUGGUAUGGGAACAUCCUCAACGCCUCCAUCUCAAGCCACUACCACGGUAUAUCCUGGAUGCUGAAUUUUGGGCUGCAAAUUUGAUGACCUGUGAAGGGCCAUGUUGUACGCAAGCACGACGAAACCACAUCUCGCCAGACCCAGUCACCACAUGUACCAAAGACAUCUACAAGUGCGCGCUUGGAUUCCUUUACUCUUAUAUCUCCUUGGUUCGAUUUGAAUGUGAUCUAGCUAUCGCCCAUGAGCAUCACCUCGUUCCGAAGGAUGUGACCUGGGAGAAAUGGCUUCGUUUUGUCCACCAACUCCUAGAUAAAGGAGCCACUAAUCCGAGUAACGUCAACCUCCGAUAUCUCUAUGGCGAGUUGAGGCUGUCACAACUCAACAAGAUCUAUGCAUUUCGCUAUGCGAGUCCUUUACGAGGCUAUCAGUUUACUUAUCAGACAUACGGAGAGCUAUUUCGCGAUUAUCUCGGCCCCCUAACUGCUGGAACCAUCUACAUCGCUCUUGUGUUGACAGCGAUGCAAGUUGGACUGGCUACUAGCCAUCUGGGUGAAAAUGCAUCCUUUCAGAAUGCAUCAUGGGGGUUCACAAUUUUUGCAAUACUGGGCCCAUUGAUUGGGGUUCUACUAGCGGGCAUUGUGGGCGUAUUCCAGUUCUGCACUAAUCUUGUUGUGACCAAAAGGCUCACACAAAGGCAAUUUGCGUUAUACGAAGAUCAAAAAGUUCAGAACCAGGUGCCUUGA